CUGCUAUUGCUAUUGCUAUAAUCACACUUGCUUUUCUGCAAUAUUAACACAAGGUUUGUGCCCUGCCUAUCGCCAUGUGAAUCUGGGCAGAGUGACCAAUGCUUUACGUCACUUUCUUUCUAGCUGCCGAAAAUAAAGUGUGCAGUGUAAGAGGAAACCGCAGAUGUGAAACUUUUCCCCAGGACAGUGUCUUUGAAGUGCAUACUUCCUCUUUAAGCAGGGGAUAUUUUCCUCUUGUGGUUUGAAUCAAAAGCUUGCCUACCGAUUCUUGGGAAAACUCAGGGCACUGAACUUCAACCCGGGCACCCAUACAUCAAAACACACCACCAGCUGCCCCCCUCUCCCCUUUCUUUGGGUAUAUUUCAUCUACAGGCGAUCGAACCCCGAUCUUCCACCCUCCUCACCUGGAAUUCGAUCUCCAACGUGGCCUCCUUCUUCAUGGACUGGAAGAAGCACUCCUUGCGGCCGGCGGGUAACGUGAAGGUGAAGUCGCUGUCUAGGGAAGCAACAAAACCCCAAACUCCAGGCGGUGGGAGCAGCAGCAGCAACGGGACGGAGACUAGCCAACGCUGCCCGCUCGCCGUCCUCAUCCUCAAAAGCUCCGCAAACGGGGGGAAAGAAGAGUCCGGAAACUGCAAGCCGCAGAUCGCAACUCGCGCCACCUCCAACCAGGGCGAGUCUCAACACGUGUCGUCGGGACGUGCAGAGUUACGACGGUGAGAAGGCGCGGGGGGGGGGGGAGUUGUUAAUAAGAGAAAGAAUACCCACAAUUCACAGCCUGGAGGAGGAGGCGGGUUGCGUCCAGAAAGACACGCCCCCUUUAAAAAAAAACGUCGGUGGGUCUCUUAAAAAAAGGAGCGGCUUUGAAGAGCUCGCGUUCGCAAGGCACGGCGGGGGAUGUAGUCCGCCCUGCGUUCAAAAUGAGAAAGAAGGAGACUACCGCGGGACUACCACUCCCGAGAGCGCGAGGAGCCGAGACAGACGAACCAAUAGGCGGCGACCGCUUCCUUUUUAAAGCGUCUUCUAUUCGCGGACGACUUCUUCUUCUUUUUUUUUUAAACCUUCGAGCCUGCGCGGUUAGAACGAGCAGUUCCCAGGACCGCGGAUUGAAAAGCAAAAUUAUUUAUUUCAGACAAAUGAAUAUAAAUGGAACCUAACUCAUGGGCUUCCAGUGACCAACAAGAAGAUGUGGAAGAUUUGCUUGCGAACAUUGUAGCAUUAAGAGGUCAUCUAAAGAAAACAGAAAAAACUUUACAAGACUUGGGAGAACAACUUUAUAGUAAUAAUUCACAUAACUCUGAACUUGGCGUUCAUGAGCUUGAAAUUUUAACACUGGAAGAUCUGGCUGAUACUUCUGAAUUGCAGAAUUAUACUGUGAGCAAAAUGUCUCGGCAUAACAGUGAUUCUUCAAGGAAAUCCAGGAGCAAAUCAUACUCACUGGCUUUUGAUAAGAGCAUGGAAGAGGAAAAUGAACUUCUAAGGGACAAACUGAACGUAGUCCGUGAAAACAAUGCUUCGUUAAUUUCUCAGAACCACAAACUAAUGAAUGAAAUUGAAACAAUAAAGUUUGAAUUGAACCAGUCAAGAGCACAAAUAUCUUUCCUGGAAUCUACUUUGGGUACACGUUCGGUCCAUAUUCCAAUAUUAGAAGAACAGAUAGUAAACUUGGAAGCAGAUGUUCAAGCUCAGGAUAGACUUCUAAAAGAUGCAGAAGAUAAGUUAGAAGAAAGCCAGAAAAUGCUAAUGGAAAAAGAAUAUGAUUUGCAGCAAUUAAAGGAGGAUUAUAGAAAAAUGAAACAUGAUUUAAUUGGAUGGUCCAAACAAGGGAAGAGAACUGAACAGCAAAGAAAUGAAGCACUGUAUAAUGCUGAGGAGUUGACAAGAACAUUUAAACAAUACAAAGAGAAAAUAACUAAUAAACUGGAAAAGGUCCAAGUUGAAGAACAAAUUUUAGAAAAAAAGUUAAUAAACUGUGUAAAUGAAAAGGAGAAGUUGCUCACCCAAUGUAACGCCUAUAAAAGUGAGCUUGAAAACAUAAAAGGUCAAUUGAGACAAUUAACUGAAGAAAACUGUACUGGAAUACAAAACCUUAAAACUAUGGAAGCAAAAAUGUCUGAAAUGGAAUUUUUGCUCAAACAUUCUCAGCAAAAGAAUCAGAUCCUUGAAAAUAAACUUCAGGAACAAAAAGCAGGACUUCAAGAAAAAAGUGCCAUAAUAAAUGAAAAUGUAGAUUUAAAAGCACUAAUUGAACGACAAAAAGACGAGCUUAACUUGCAUUGUCAAGAAAUUCAACGUUCCAAAAUUGAACUGAAAACUUUAGAAAAUGUUAUUUUCCAGUUGACCAAAAGCUCAUCAAAAGAGGAUAAUCACUCUAAUGAAAUGUGCAGUAAUUGGUCUGAAAUAGAUAUUUUUCUGAAAGAAGAGCUAAGACAAAAAAUUAGCUUUCAAGAAACUGGAAUUCAGAAACUUCAGACAGAAUAUAUGGCCUGUAAAUUACGUCACGAUUUCUCUGAAGAUGAUGAGGGACAGGAAUUAAAUUGCCUAGAAACUGAACCAGUAAAACUCAGUGGAAAUCAGGCAGGGACACAGUGCAAACAACUGGAACUUAUUAGUAAACAGUUUGAAAAAGAGAAACAAAUAUUAAAUAAAAAAUUAGAAGAACUACGUAUUAAACUGGAAAAAUCAGAAGAAGAAAGUGCUGUUUUAAAAACCAACAUUGCCCAGAGAACUAAUCAGUUUCAAACAAUACAGGAAGAGCUAUUAGAGAAAGCUUCAAAAUCAUGUUGCUUGGAAAGAGAAAUAGCAAGAAAAUCCUCCCAGUUUUCCAUCCUUAAAAAACAAUUGGAAGAAAAAACUUUUGCUUAUGUAACUGCACUUGCAAGAAAUACUGAAUUGGAACAGGAAUUAAUGGCAAUGAACUCUCAGCUUCAAAGCGUGGAAAGAAACAUCAUUGAAGAACAACGUCACUUCUCUAUAAUGUUAGAAGAAACGAAGUUAAUUAAUCAUGAGCAACAUAAGGAGAUGGAAAAACAAAUUGAUUUACUACAGUCUCAACUAGAAACUAAAAACCAACAAUUUCUAGAACAAGAGAAAACAAUGUCCAUUCUCCAACAGGAUGCUUUAUAUAAACAGCAUCAGCUUGAAUCAUUGGAUCGACUAUUAAUAGAAAGCAAAGAGGAAAUGGAAAAACAAAGAACAAACAAAGAUGAAGCUUUAAAGAAAUUACAAGACCAACUUGCUGAUGAAACAGUCAAGGUCAAACAUUUACAAAGAGCGUUAGAAAGCUGUAAGCAAGAUAUAGCUUUGUAUUUAGAGCAUUUAGAAGAAAAUAAAGUGCUGUUUGAAAAGCAAUUGGAGAAAAAGUCUGAAGAGAUACAGAGAUUGCAAAAAGAAAUAAAGCAUAAGAAUGACAAUUUUCAGUCAACUAGUGAACAAAAUCUUGCUCUACAGCAGAGUCUGCAGCAGCAGCAGCAAAUGUUACAUCAAGAAACCAUUAGGAAUAGUGAAUUAGAUGAUAGCCAAAUAAAGCUCCAAAAACAGGUAUCAAAACUAGAGCAAGAACUUCAAAAGCAGAAGGAUAUGUUGGGAGAAGAAUUGAGAAGAACAAAUGAAAGACUUCAUUUAACCACUGAAGAAAACAAUGUGAAACGGCAAAAAAUAGCAGAACUUACUGCUACAAUCAGGCAGAUUAAACAAGAGAUGGAUCAAUGUAAAGAUGAGUUAAUAGACAUGGAGAAAGAAUUAGUGCACUUAAGAAGAGAUGGUCAUAAUAAAGCAAUGCAGAUGAGCCAACUGGAAAUUAAUUUACAACAGAGAAUCUCAGAAUUUGAUGAAAAGACACACCAAGUGAAAGAAUUAGAAGAUAAGUUGCUUAUAAGUGAGACCCAGCAAAAAGAUUCCAUGCAGAAAAUAGAAUCUCUAGAAAUUGACCUGGAAAACGCCACUGGGGAGUUAAAAACUACUUUGAGACAACUGCAAGACCUUCGGGAUACAUUACAGAAUGCACAGACAUCCCUAGAGGAGAAGUACUCUACUAUCCAUGAUUUAACAGAUGAAUUAAGAGAAUGCAAGGAUGAACUUGAAGAGAAAAAGCAAGAACUUCUUGACAUGGAAAAGGUGCUGAAAGAAAGAAAUUGGGAUUUGAAACAAAGAGCAGCUCAGGUUACACAGUUGGAUAUGUCAAUUCGUGAAUACAGGGGAGAAAUGGAACAAAAAAUAAUUACAUUGCAAGGUAGCUUGGAAAAAGCAGAGCUGCAGAUAAAAGAUUAUAAUAAACAGAUUGAAAGUUUGGCAAGCAAGGUACAGUAUUCAAAAGAGGAGCUUAAAGAAAAAGAGUAUAAUAUUCUCCAACAAGAUCAAGAGAUAAAUCUUCUUAGAAAAGAGAAUGAACAAAAACAACAAAGAAUAACAGAUACUGAGAAAAAGCUGAAAGACCAAGAAAGGUGUAUUGCAGAACAGUAUAAAGAAAUACUUGAUUUGGGGCAGCAGCUGAGACUGGAACGUGAAGCAAUGAAACAAGUUCAUGUGGAUUUAUUAGAGAGUCGCCGCCAACAGGCUCAAGCUCAGAGAGAUGUGGAAAGGAUCUCUCUUGAACUGGAAGAAGUGAACCAUAUCUCACAUGAAAAAGAAACCCGUGUAAAUAAUUUGGCAGAACAAUUGGGAGCAGCUCAGGUGCGAGAAUCUGAGUUAGAAGCAAGAAUGCAAACUGAGAUUAAAAGGCUCACUGCAGAAGUACAUUUGCUAAAACAGUCUUUUUUAUCAGAGAAACUUUCCCAUGAAGAAGAACAGACAAAAUGGCAGCAAUCACUAUCUAAAUCUCAUCAUGUUAAUGGGCAACUACAACAGAUCAAAAUAGAACUGGAUGAUGCUCAAGACACUGUUUAUAAUCUGCAACAACAGCUUCAGUCCAGAGAUAAUAUGAUUCAAGCAACAAAUGAAAAGUUGCUCCUUAAAGAAUCUGAGCUUACAAGAUUACAAACAAGAAUUGCAGUUCAUGAAAGAACAGCAAGCAUCAAGCAAUUAGUGGAACAUCCUUGGUUUGAUGAUCAAGGACUUGACUUUGCCAAACAGUCUGCUUGCAGAAAACUACGGCGUUCAACAAGCACCAGUGAUCUAAAUAUUAAGGACAAUAAAAACGCACUAGGUCAAAAUCAGACAGUUACGCCAAACUCUUCCGUGAGUUCCGAAAUGUCAAAAUAUAUACCUCAUGCUUCCCCAAAGAGUUUGAAUGAGUCUUCCUUUGAUCCUUUGUCAUACAAUGUAGAUGGAGAGGUAACUUGUAACAGUAAUGACUUUCAAACACUCAGUGGCAUGCUGAAAUAUAUCAACAAGGAGAGAAAGGAUUCUGAAAAGUCUUCUCUAUAAUUUUUAUCUGCUGUAAAGAGAAAUCAAGAAGAAAUUUUCUGAAGAAAUAGUGUGCUGGCAUGCAAUUGACCACAGAUGGAUUUAUGGGUCCGGCAUGGAGUUCAUAACAUUUUAUAGAAACUACAAAUAUAGUUAUGUUUAAUAACUAUCCACCGAAAAUUAUUUUCUGUGCUACUUUUUCAGUAUUUUUUAUUAUUUCUUAAACUACUAAUGUUCAUUUAUGUUUACUAAUAAAGAAAAAAUCCAUAAAAAUCA